AAAAAAUGCAACCUCCCAAAAUAAAGAGCAAAGAUUGCAUUAGGAGCGAACAGCGCUGCAGAAAUAGAUGGCAGCUUCGUGUCAUUGACUGAAACAAAACAAAACAAAAGGGCCACUGGAUGUCUGCCUUCUUGGGGGGUAAGCCAGACAGACUGACAGACAAACAGACCCCACUGUGCUCGGGGGAGGGUUUGUCGUCCCGCGUUGCCCGGCCGCAGCAGCAUGGACGUGUUGGCUAGUUAUAGUAUAUUCCAGGAGCUACAACUUGUCCACGACACCGGCUACUUCUCAGCUUUGCCGUCCCUGGAGGAGACCUGGCAGCAGACAUGCCUUGAAUUGGAGCGCUACCUACAGACAGAGCCCCGGCGAAUCUCGGAGACCUUUGGUGAGGACUUGGACUGUUUCCUCCAUGCCUCUCCUCCCCCGUGCAUCGAGGAAAGCUUCCGGCGCUUAGACCCCCUGCUGCUCCCAGUAGAAGCCACCAUCUGUGAGAAGAGCUCUGCAGUGGACAUUCUGCUCUCUCGGGACAAGUUGCUCUCUGAGACCUGCCUCAGCCUCCAGCCAACCAGCUCUUCUCUGGACAGCUACACAGCCGUCAACCAGGCCCAGCUCAACGCAGUGACCUCAUUAACACCCCCGUCAUCCCCUGAGCUCAGCCGCCAUCUGGUCAAAACCUCACAGACUCUGUCAGCCGUGGAUGGCACAGUGACGUUGAAACUGGUGGCCAAGAAGGCUGCGCUCAGCUCCGUAAAGGUGGGAGGGGUGGCGGCGGCAGCAGCAGCCGUAGCACCAGCUGGGGCAGUUAAGAGUGGACAAAGCGACAGUGAACAAGGAGGGCUAGGGGCGGAAGCAUGCCCCGAAAACAAGAAGAGGGUGCACCGCUGUCAGUUUAACGGGUGCCGGAAAGUUUAUACAAAAAGCUCCCACUUAAAGGCCCACCAGAGGACUCACACAGGUAGUGAGAAGCCUUACAAGUGCUCAUGGGAAGGAUGCGAGUGGCGUUUUGCACGGAGUGAUGAGCUCACAAGGCACUACAGGAAACACACAGGUGCAAAGCCCUUUAAAUGCAACCACUGCGACAGGUGUUUUUCCAGGUCUGACCAUCUUGCCCUCCACAUGAAGAGACAUAUCUAAAAACCAUGAAGGCCAGAGUUGCCAUGGUGUCAGCUGAUGUCCGAAGGAGAUGCCGGGUGGCAGGGGGCUGGACUUCCAGUGGGGACCCUCUGCCUCACAGAAGAAAGUUCUCACUUAGAAACCUCUGUGUACACACACACCCACACACACCGUCUUACAUGCAGACCCACACACACCCACACUGUCAUGCACUCAA